CGGACACCACCAGACCAGAAUUUGCAGAGGACCGUGCACUAACGCCUCAAAUGGACAAGAAAAAACAGCCAACCCUGAGGUCAGGCUCUGGUCAGAGUGGAGCUACGAGGGAAGCAGAAGAGACCCGUUUGCCACGCCGCAUAUCUCCUCUCCACAUCGGAGCCUUUGUCUUCUAGCCUGAGCUGUCAGACAUGAACCUAUUCUGCUUCACACUGGAGGGCUCAACGGAAAGCAUGUAUGAGCCAGCCUACAGCCCAGCAGUCCGAGAGUCCAGGUUCCAGUGCAGCCCUGCCCUGCUGCGAAGGAGACCAGAGUGGGGUGGAUCAGACCCCUUCAUUAACUGUACCAAAUCACAGAACACAAAAACUAAAAGAAGCAACGUUAGGUCAUGUUUUGUAACUUCAGCCUUGGACAAUGAGACAAUAGAUAUUCAGAGUGCGUGCUGGAUUUCAUCUGGUGAUAAAAAGGACCUAGCUCAUCAAAAGAAAGAUCCGGAUAAAGCCGUAUGUAAAACAUCAGAAGAUACUGCAACAAUACUGGGACUGGACCAUGAAAGGAUAAAGACAGAGCCUACUUUUCAGGCCAGCAAAACCACCGCUGACACAGCAGAAUCAAUAAGAGCAAGAAGACUAAAGAAGUUACAGAAUCUGGUGCCAACCACGAAAGGAGGACAGCAAAGUGCAAGUGGGAAAGAGAAGAGCCUGUCUGAGAAUUAUGAUCAUUUGACAGACGUGUUGAGCUCCUAUAACCCAGUUCUGACCUGCAUUGGUCUGGGCACGAGGCAGAAGGACUCUUCCAUCACCUCUUCAUCUCCACAGUCUGACUGCCUGUCUCAUGAGCACUCAGAGGAGAGGGUCUGGAGUCCUCUGCAGAGCCCCUGUGAGCUGUGGAGACCCCCUGUGAGCUGCCCCGAGACCAGACACACACUCGCACACGAGCGUUGGGAGUGCGGCUCUGCUCUGUCUCUGCCUCGGACUGCCGCCUGGGACCGUUUUGAGAGCCUCAUUCAGGAACUGGACAUCAGAGAACCAGAGCCCUGCCAGCAUCACAUGGUCCGCUCCAUCACUGACCUCGACUUCCACCAAGAUGAAUGGAGCAGAUUUGGGAGAUUUGACGCCUUCAGACAGCAGUGGCCUUUGACAACGGAUAAUGGGAAUGGCUGUACGAUGAAUCCAAGUGGAGAGCCAAAAGUUACAUGCCGAAAAAAGAAGACUGAGAACACAUUACAGAGAGACAGUAAACCGGAGACUGCAGAUACCACAGACAUCAGUGUGCAGCAGAAUGGUCAGGAAGAAUUAACCAAAGGACAAAGUAACUCCAUGGAGAGCCUCUACAGCAGUGGACAGAGCUCCUCUAGCGGGGUCACCAGUGGGUCAAACUGCUCCAGUAACAGGGCCAGUCUGAGGCUGGACGAUGAACUGUCCUCCCCCAAAACCUUCUGUGGACGAGCCCGAGUGCACACGGAGUUUGAGCCCAGUCCAUACGACACAGAGUCUCUCAAACUCCAGGUAGGAGAUGUGAUCGACAUCAUAUCCAAACCUGCGAUGGGAACAUGGACAGGAAUGCUAAACAACAAAAUUGGUUACUUUAAAUUUAUCUAUGUGGACCUUAUAAAAGAAGAGACCAAAACAGGAGAUGCAUGCGUUCAUGAAUUACUAAAGAAUUUUGAUUUAGAGGAGUAUGCCUUGACUCUGUUGUUACACGGUUACCAAACAGUUGAAGACCUGCUGAAGCUAAGAGAGCAUCACCUGAUCGAGCUCAAAGUGACUGACCCCAAACACAGGCAGCGUCUCCUCUCCGCUGUCAGCACGCUCCAACCUCUGCUCUCUGAGGAGGAGGCCGUGUAUGAAAACAUGAAGAAUUGCCCCAGAGACUCGGGCUGUGGAAUGGUCAGUCCAGACGAGGCUUCUGAAAUCCACUCUCCAUCUGAACACAGUCAAACAAAUGUAGCCACACUCUGUUGA